AUCACAGCGCUAUUAAUUUAGGUCUCUAAGCAUACAGUUCGUUUUAGACUACCACUGAAAUUAUGAUAUUGGUGGCAAUUUUAUUUGUAUUGCGUUUAACGUGCAUUGAAGCAGCUUUGACAAUUAGUCCAACUGGCCAUACUGUAGCAAUAAGCGAGGCAUCCGUAGAUGGAGAUACUGUCUAUAAUGGAUACUCCGCCAGUGGGCAAGGUACUGGCGCCCUCUAUUAUUACACAUUGGAAAGUAUAUCACCAAAUCCUGGUGUGGGAAAUGAGCCUUUUGUACUGGUACAAGGUUUAGCGAGUGACACUAACACGGCAGAUGUACUAGUACAGCUUCCCCCCGGGCUGGACUUCGAGACAACACAGCAAUGGCAGCUUGAUGUUAUAGUAACAGAUCUUGCCGAUCCGUCUGCUGGCACUGCAACUGCUGUACUUACAGUGGAUAUAAAUGAUUCCCCUGACCCUCCCACUUUUCUCAACUUACCCGGCACUGGGACAGUGCCAGAACUGGUAACAACAUCUGAAAUAGUGAAGAGAGUCACCGUGUCUGACGACGAGAACCCCGCCGAUGCUAGCGGGAUUACUAUUACCAUCCUGUCAAUGAAUCCCGCUGGCGGACCUUUCCUGAUUGACAGUGUUGUCUCUACCGCUGGUGAAGCAGUUGCAACUAUUAAAAACACCGUAAAUCCAGGCUUUGACUACGAAUUUGGUACUACAACAUGGGACAUUACUCUAGAAGCAACGGAUGUCAAUAACGAUGUAUCAACCGCCAUUUUGACCGUUAAUGUAUUAGAUGAGAAUGAACCAGUUGUCAUAAGCAAUCUUCCCGAUACACAAGUUGUUGGAGAAACAAUGCAUGGACAAAUAUUUGUUGUGGAAACUUUGGAUGUAGACAUAAACGACACUGCGUCCGUCCCUACAUUCACCAUGACAACGAAUCCAGCUAAUGGCCCUUUCACAAUAGAUGCUUUAGGCAACAUCGAAGUUGUUCCUCCUGGAUUAAAUUAUAAUUUCGAAGACUACUGGACAUUGACAAUCACAAUAGUAGAUGAUGAUGGCAACACGGAUACUCAACCGCUCUAUGUUCAAGUCACGGACCAAAACAGUGGCCCAUUAAUUCUUAAUCUUCCCUCGACGGUGAACGUCAGUGAAGAUUCUGCAGGAGGAUUGUGGGUAUUCACAUUAAACCCAUAUGACGUGGAUGGUGAUACUGCAAUCUGUACAAUUUCUUCAAAUCCAAACGAUGGCAAUUUUGUAUUUGAUACUCUAACAUACGAGAUAACAUUAUCGGCUACACCGUCCUUAGACUAUCAAAUUACUCCAACCUACGGCGUUACUAUAGUGUGCAACGAUGGUAUGGAUGUGGGGCCAAUGGCUAAACUGACGAUAAAUAUAAUAGAAGUCAACGAACCACCUGUUAUAUUGAACUUGCCUGCCACUGUUACUGUGCCCGAAGACGCCAUCAACGCUGCCUGGAUAUUCAUUGCCAACGGAUACGACGACGAUGGCGAUAAUCUAGAUUUCACAAUAAGUGUAACGCCCUCCAGUGGCCAAAGUAAAUUCUUUGUUGCAGACUUCGGUGAAAACGAUGGAAAUAUCAGUAUCGUCAAUUCUCCAAACUUUGAUUAUGAAGAUGUAGACCAGUACAUUGUCAUAGUAACAGCAUCAGAUGGAGAGUACACUGCUACUGGUACCCUUAAUGUAGACAUUACAGAUGUAAAUGAACCGCCUCAGUUUGACCUUAAACCCCAAACAUUGUACCUGGAUGAGAACUUGCCAAUAAACACUAUACUGUCAUCAAUCGACCUUUCUGUGACUGACAUUGAUGACGACCCAUGGAAUCUGACUUUUGCCGUAGUACCCAGUACAUACAGCGCAUUCUUCAAAGUAAAUCAAGUACCCCGUCUGAAAGUUGCAAGUCUAAUGGACUACGAAGCCGUAUUUCCAGAACCAUUCAAUAUAGAAGUAUCUGUGACUGACACGGACGGAAACAGUGACAUUCUCACAAUUGAGGUUUACCUGCAGAAUGUUAACGACAACGAGCCAGAAUUCGCUGUAGACCCGUAUGUGGUGACGGUAUCAGAAAGCUUACCUGGUGGGACUACUAUUUUAACCGUGGCAGCGACAGACGACGACGGCGACAACAUCGAGUAUUCUAUCGACCCGCCGAGCCUGUAUGUCGAGGUAGACGAAGUGACGGGUGAACUCAUCUUAAAGCAACCACUGAACCGAGAAGCACUUCCAUGGAUGAUACGUGUCGAAGUGAUCGCAACUGAUGACGGGACGCCUUCGUUACAGGGAUUUACAUACGUGAAUAUUACAAUUAAAGACAUCAAUGACAAUGAACCGCUAUUUGAGAAGACCUUUUAUAACUGGGAGAUACGAUAUGACACAAGUAUUGGGUCAUACGUGAACUCUGUAAAAGCUACUGAUAGCGAUAGAGGUGCUAACGCUGACGUCACAUAUUCACUGUUAUUGGACCACGUAUUUUACGAUAUGGAUGGUGUUGGUAAAGUAUCCGUAAACAGUAUACUUAGACCGGAAUUUAUGUAUCUGUUAUUCUGCCGAGCCGAAGAUAGUGGAAAACCAUUAAUGAUAUCAGACAUAACCACUAUUAGGAUUGACACGUUCAUUCCCGAGCUGGUUCUCAUUAACGUCCAUCUCGGUAUCACGGAGCCUGAUUUCACAACAGCCGUACGAACACAGAUGUUGGAUUCAUUGAACGCUAUUUAUCCACCAUGGCAGUUCAGAAUAUCUGCCGUAAAAACCGAGGACGUCGUGGUGUCGUCAAGGCGUCUUCUGGCCAGGUACAGUUUAUUUACAUGA